AUGGAAGAUUAUAAUGAAUGGAAUGAAUCUUUGUUCGGCUGUUGUGAUGAUUGUAAAACCUGUUGUUGUGGCUUAUGUUGUACGCCAUGUCUAUUUGGUCAAAAUGCUGAAAAAAUUGAUAAUAGUAAUUGUUGCGUCUGGUGUUGUACCUAUAUGUGUCUUACUGACUUUUAUUUAUGUUGGGUCCCACAUUAUAUGAAACGACAACUUCUUCGACAAAAAUAUAAUAUAAGAGAAGAUCCAAAUUGUAAUGAUCUUCUUGCAACAAUUUUCUGCAGUCCUUGUGCACUUUGUCAAGAAGCUCGUUUCCUUAAACAUCGAGCUGAACAAAUAACGGAUACAACAGUUUUGGCUCCACGCAUGACACAACCUGGUAAAACUUAUUAA